CAUUUUGAGCCAUCUCUUGUAGGUGAUUUCAGUUUGGCAAUCUUGUUCAUUAUGCUGUUUUUUCAGUUAAUACUAUCUUUAAUGCCUAAUAGUUUUCGGAGUUCGUUUUUGCUUUGGUGUAUGUCAUGAAUACCUCUUUCUGUCCUUCCCCAGUUUCUUCUACUGUUCUACCAUUGUGUUCUUUGGAUUACUCCCUUGUUUUCUUACUUAUCUUAUGGUUAUUAUAAUCUAUUUGGGGUCAUAGAUUUGUUCGAGAGAGAGAGAGAGAGAGAGAGAUUGCACUUCAUAGUUCAUACAAUAAGUGUGAGAAAAUCUUUUCCUUUGCACAGAAUCUAGUGUAUGUCCUUUCCGGUCUUUUUGUGUUAUUGUGGGAACAACCUUAUUGCGUCCCAGCUCAUCCCUGCCUUCCUUUGAAGAUUGCACUUCAUACAAUAUAAUGUCAUAAGACUAAAAUACCCUUCACUUGGGUCUUUCAAUUAGUAUUGGUACGAUGUAGCUUUAGAAUUAAGCUGUGACCUGGUUGGCAUUAGAGUUGAGCAUACAAGAAAUCUUGGGUGUUCACUGUUCUUGGAGCACAAUAAUGAAAAUGAGUGGAUAUAAAUAUUGUUGAGUAUAAAUUAAAUAUGUUUCAAGAGUACGCAAGUAUUUCUCUACACAAAAUUUAAUUAUGGGUGGCAUUAAGAAAAUAGCCGUCAGUGUAGGAAAUAAUGAUGGUGAGGGUGAGGAUGCAUAUAUUGGAGUAAACAUUGGUACAGAUGUCUCUGAAAUGCCAAGUCCAAAAGAGAUUGUUGCCCUUCUUAAAGCUCAAGGUAUCCAACAUGUUAGACUCUAUGAUGCUGACCAAUCUUUGCUUCUUGCACUCGCCAACACAGGGAUCCGUGUGGCCGUUUCUGUUCCGAAUGACCAGCUACUCGGCAUUGGCCAGUCCAAUGCAACUGCAGCAAAAUGGGUUUCGCGGAAUGUAAUAGCUCAUGUCCCUGCUACCAACAUAACUUCCAUAGCUGUUGGUUCCGAGAUCCUAACAACUCUCCCAAAUGCAGCCCCGCUUAUAGUCUCGGCCUUAACAUUUAUUCACUCUGCUCUGGUGGCUGCUAAUCUUGAUCAGCAGAUAAAAGUGUCUACUCCACACUCUUCCUCUAUCAUCCUUGACUCUUUUCCACCUUCCCAAGCGUUUUUCAAUCGGACUUGGAAUCCGGUCAUGGUUCCCUUGCUUAAGUUUCUGCAAUCAACAGGUUCAUAUCUCAUGAUCAAUGUGUACCCGUAUUAUGAUUACCAGCAAUCCAAUGGUGUGAUCCCACUGGAUUAUGCAUUAUUCCGCCCCUUACCUCCAAAUAAGGAAGCUGUUGAUCCCAACACUCUCCUGCAUUAUACUAAUGUAUUCGAUGCAGUGGUUGAUGCUGCUUAUUUUGCAAUGUCUGAUUUGAACUUCACCAAUAUCCCUAUUGUGGUUACUGAAUCGGGAUGGCCCUCCAAAGGCGACUCAUCAUCUGAACCGGACGCAACUGUGGAUAAUGCCAACACUUACAAUAGCAACUUGAUCAGACAUGUACUUAACAAUACUGGGACUCCUAAACAUCCUGGAAUUGCAGUUAGUACAUAUAUUUAUGAGCUUUACAAUGAAGACCUAAGAACGGGUCCAACCUCUGAAAAGUAUUGGGGGAUGUUUUAUGCUAAUGGAGAACCGGUGUAUACCUUACACUUGACUGGUGCCGGUACUAUAUUUGCAAAUGAUACAACAAAUCAGACAUUUUGUGUCACCAAGAGUAAUGCUGAUGCUAAGAUGCUACAGGCGGCGCUCGACUGGGCUUGUGGACCAGGGAAAGUUGAUUGUUCACCUCUGCUGCAAGGUCAACCAUGUUAUGAACCAGAUAAUGUAGUCUCACAUGCUACAUAUGCUUUCAAUGCAUAUUAUCAGAAGAUGGCUAAAUCUCCUGGGACUUGUGAUUUCAAAGGGGUUGCAACCAUAACCACCACGGACCCAAGUCAUGGUUCUUGUAUAUUUCCUGGAAGUUUUGGUAAAAAAGGCUCAAAAAUAAAUGGCACAUUACUGGCCCCAUCCAACUCCACAAGUUCAGGUUGCUUGUCACAAUAUUACUACAAUGGUGGAUCUUUCACAAGCUCUGUGAUCUUAGUUGCUUUACUUUUGAAUGUAUUUGUCAUGUAAAACUAGCUACACAUUAAUGUAAUUUAUGGAUAGAGAGCUCAGAAAGAGAGAGUAGAGACAUCAGACAUGCCCUUCAACUACCAAUUUUGUGUUUGGUUUUGUAGAAAAAUUAGAGUGGCCACGUUGAUCAAAUGUAUAUUGACAAUUACACCAUCACUUUCCAUUGAAUUUUUUGUACAAACACAGCCAGACUAAUUAUUUGUCAUCAAUUACUGUAUCCUUAUAAGAUCUACAUAAUUACCAUUUUGUGUGAUUUAA